AUGUUUGUCUUUCUUUCCUUUUCCUCUAAACGUAAUAUUUUUUAUCUAUCUAUCUAUCUAUCUAUCUAUCUAUCUAUCUAUCUAUCUAUCUCAUUGAAAAAUAAUAUUCUUUUCAUGUUUUUUUCGGAUUAUUCGUCUUUUUGCUUCUUUUUUCUUUUGUCAAUUAUACCUAUAUUAUUUCCUUCCUUCCUUCCUUCCUUCCUUCCUUCCUUCCUUUCUUUCUUUCUUUCUUUCUUUCUUUCUUUCUUGCUUCAUCUCUUCCUGCCUUCCUCAAGUUCUUGCCUCUCUUGCUUUCAUCAUUCUGGUUCAAAAGUAAUUAUCUUGAUUUUUCCCUCAUUUCUAUCCAUUUUGAGUUUGCCAGUCUUUUUUUUCCCUUCUUUCUUUCUUUUUCCUUUGUACACUAUUUCUACUUUCUGUCCUUGUCUCCUUCUUUCUUUUAUGUCUGCUUUCUUUAUUUCCAACCACUUUCCUCUAUUUCAUCUUUGUCUCUUUCCUUUGUUGCUUCACAUUUUGCCUCAGUCAAUAUAUGAUUUGUUUUUCUUUCUGUCUUCCUUCCCUCCUUUCUUUCUUCUUUCCUUUUUCUUCUUUCUUUCCUUCUUUCUUUCUUUCUUUUUUCCAUCUUUCUUUCUUUCUCUCUUUCUUUCUUUCUUUCUUUCUUAA